CUGGUCUAUACCUGUAAAAGGCACAACGUGUACAGUCGUCUAGUCCUUCUGUUUUCCUUGCUUGCAUUUUGUGCCAGAAAUAUUAUACCGGCCUGACGCUGAAAUCAGCCGACAGCGAUGCGUUGCCCUUUGUGCAAUGAGGUCGUUGAGGACAAGGACACUCUGUAUGUACACUACACUAGAUCGUGUACAGGCCACAGACGACCUGCAGCUAGAGCUCUAGAUCUCGCAGCAGCUGAUGCUAGAGAUGUACCGAUCACAGCAGCGAGGAAGGCGACAGUAACUUUUUUGUGGGAGAAAUCUGUUCCUACGAUGGAACGAAAAAUCUAUUUGUUCGGCACUUUUGAUCAGGUGUUUCACAUUGUAAUUAACUGGUGUUUCAGUGGUUUUCGUGAGUACAUUGCAUCUGGGAUGAUCUCAUAUCACUUUCAGAUUCUGUGCACCUUACAUGUCACUACAAAUACUUCAGUGACCAAUGACAGGAUGACAUCAAUGGCGCUAUUGUUUGUACAUCGGGGAUUGGCGGACUCCCGACAACAUUGUGGCUGGUGUGGUUGACUUGUUUGUCAAGAGGAAUCCUC